CCUGCCGCCCGCACACACAGUGGGCAGCCCCAUCCUGGGACACAGAUUUGGAGACUGAGGCAGGCAGGACCGCUGCACAGCUCGGCCCAGCGCCCCAAGGACGCCCUGCUCACUCCUGAAGCUCCCCGAAGGGCACCGCCCUGGUUCAGCCCCAGACCUUCACAGUCAGCUACGUCCCCAGCCCUUCAUUUCUGACUGACUGAUUUUGAGACAGGGUCCCGCACCCUGUGGUGGGAAGGACAGGGGCCCCGGCCAGGACAGGCUCCCAGGCACUGCCCUCUCCCAGGACAUGCUGGCCCCGUGCCUGCCACCCGCCCUCCUGGGGCUGCUCUGCCUUGGGUCCGCCCUCUCUCAGGAAUGCACCAAGUACAAGGUCAGCACCUGCCGGGAUUGCAUCCAGUCGGGGCCCGGCUGCGCCUGGUGCCAGAACCUGAACUUCACGGGGCCAGGGGAGCCCGACUCUGCUCGCUGUGACACCCGGGAGCAGCUGCUGAAGAGGGGCUGUGUGCCUGAUGACAUCGUGGACCCCAGGAGCCUCGCCGCACCCCAGGAGGACCACGCAGGGGGCCAGAAGCAGCUGUUCCCACAGAAGGUCACACUGUACCUGAGGCCAGGCCAGGCAGCCACGUUCAACGUGACCUUCCGGCGGGCCAAGGGCUACCCCGUCGACCUGUACUACCUCAUGGACCUCUCCUACUCCAUGCUGGAUGACCUCAUCAACGUCAAGAAGCUGGGCGGUGACCUGCUGCAGGCGCUCAACGAGAUCACUGAGUCCGGCCGCAUCGGCUUCGGGUCCUUCGUGGAUAAGACGGUGCUGCCCUUCGUGAACACACACCCCGAGAAGCUGCGGAACCCGUGCCCCAGCAAGGAGGAGGAGUGCCAGCCGCCCUUCGCCUUCCGGCAUGUGCUCAAGCUCACCAACAACUCCAACCAGUUCCGCACCGAGGUGGGCAAGCAGCUCAUCUCCGGGAACCUGGACGCCCCUGAGGGCGGGCUGGAUGCCAUGAUGCAGGUGGCCGCCUGCCAGGAGGAAAUCGGCUGGCGUAAUGUCACACGGCUGCUGGUGUUCGCCACGGAUGAUGGCUUCCACUUCGCGGGCGAUGGGAAGCUGGGCGCCAUCCUGACCCCAAAUGAUGGGCACUGCCACCUGGAGGACAACAUGUACAAGAGGAGCAAUGAGUUUGACUACCCGUCGGUGGGCCAGCUGGUGCACAAACUGACCGAAAGCAACAUCCAGCCCAUCUUUGCGGUGACCCAGAAGAUGGUGACAACCUAUGAGAAACUGGCCGAGAUCAUCCCCAAGGCGGCUGUGGGGGAGCUGUCCGACGACUCCAGCAAUGUGGUGCAGCUCAUCAAGAACGCCUACAACAAACUCUCCUCCAGAGUCGUCCUGGGCCACAGCACCCUGCCCGACACCCUGAAGGUCACCUACGACUCCUUCUGCAGUAACGGAGUGACACACACCGACCAGCCCAAGGGGGACUGCGAUGGCGUGCAGAUCAGCGUCCCGGUCACCUUCCAGGUGAAGGUCACGGCCACAGAGUGCAUCCAGGCGCAGUCCCUCGACAUCCGGGCGCUGGGCUUUACGGACACGGUGACCGUGCGGGUCCUGCCCCAGUGUGAGUGCCGGUGCCGAGACCAGCGGCAGAACCGGGGCCUGUGCGGGGGCAAGGGCUCCAUGGAGUGCGGCGUCUGCAGGUGCGAGGCCGGCUACAUCGGGAAGAGCUGCGAGUGCCAGACCCAGGGCCGCAGCAGCCAGGAGCUGGAGGGAAGCUGCCGGAAGGACAACAGCUCCACCGUGUGCUCGGGGCUGGGGGACUGCGUGUGCGGGCAGUGCGUGUGCCACACCAGCGACAUCCCCAACAAGGUCAUCUACGGGCGCUACUGCGAGUGUGACAACAUGAACUGUGAGCGCUACGACGGGCAGGUGUGCGGCGGCCCACGAAGGGGGCUCUGUGACUGUGGCCGGUGCCUCUGCGAGCCUGGCUUUGAGGGCUCCGCGUGCCAGUGCAAGAGCUCCACCGAGGGCUGCCUGAACGCACGGCGCGUGGUGUGCAGUGGCCGCGGCCGGUGUCGCUGCAACACGUGCGAGUGUGACAUGGGCUACCAGCCGCCCCUGUGCGAGGAGUGUGCUGUCUGCCCCUCGCCCUGCGCCCAGCACAUCUCCUGUGCCGAGUGCCUGAAAUUCGUCUCAGGCCCUUUCGAGAAGAACUGCAGCACGGCGUGUGGACACCUGAAGCCGCUGACCUCAGCUGCAACGGGCAAGUCCUGCCGGGAGCGGGACUCCCAGGGCUGCUGGAUGACCUACACCCUGCGGCAGCGGGACGGGAGGGACAGCUACGACAUCCACGUGGAGGACACCCGAGAGUGCGUGGAGGGCCCCAACAUCGCCGCCAUCGUGGGGGGCACCGUGGCGGGCAUCGUGCUCAUCGGCGUCCUCCUCCUGGUCGUCUGGAAGGCCCUGACCCACCUGAGUGACCUCCGGGAGUACAGGCGCUUUGAGAAGGAGAGGAGCAAAUCCCAGUGGAACAAUGAUAACCCCCUGUUCAAGAGCGCCACCACCACCGUCAUGAACCCCAAGUUUGCUGACAGCUAGGAGCCCCUGGGGAAGACAAGGCCAUAGGGGUCGACCUGAUGGGGCCCUCCCAGCGCAACCCUGACCCCCACCGGACGUGACUUAGGACUCAAGACAGCGUCGCCACGGGGCCCAGAGCCUCUGCGUUCCUCCCGCCCGGACAUACGGCCAGGCGAGCCUAGGCGCGCAUCUUCAGGAACAGCCUCCCGUCUCAUCUGUUCAGUGAUGUGAGGGGCACCGGAAAAGACUCUCCCCAAGUUUCCUGAGGCCCAAUCGUGUCCCUGUGUUAACCUUAGGAUGGCAGCCUAAUUAAAGGCAGUGCACAUUUAUUUAUAUUUAAACUCACCAGGCUCUCAAGCUACACGCCACUGAUUAUUCUGUUAACCAAUCACGUGAACAGAAAAUAAAUAAGACCUCCAUCAGAAUGUCCAGGAAA